AUGGAAUUGGUAUCUGCUAUUGUUAAGGAAUACAGUGCCUUGGUGAAUAUUCCGUUGGAAAUUAACUUCCGACAACAGCUUCUGCCUGAUUUAGCUCGGCAAGAACGGAUACUAAAAUUAAAAAUGAAGAAAUAUGAAUCAACAGACGAGUGUCCACAACUGAACAAGGAAGUAGGUGCUCUAAAAACAGCCGAUGCAAAGCAGCCGAAGCAACAUCAGCCACAACAUGCAUCUUCUCCACCGCAGAUCACACCGUCUUCGUCUUCGCCUUCGCCUUCGCCUUCGCCUUCGCCUUCGUCUUCAUCGUCAUCACCUACAGGCAGUGCGGCUCCUUAUUUUCCUAUUAAGUUGGAGGAUAUAACACUACAUUUAUAUGGAGGAUUAUUUGCUUACAAGAUGGGAGCCAAUGUAGUUGAUCAAGCAUUUGGCUCCAUCAGAACAGUUGCAUCAUUCACAAGUGAGAAGCAGGCUUUCGAGGAGUAUAGUAAGUCCUCACAAAAGGGAUACAGAUCUGGUGUACAGGGAAGGACUUGCAAGUGGCUUAGGCUUGGGAUCAGCCGAUUAAUUUAUUCUUUUCUGCAAUUAUUCUUUGGCUUUCUGAUAUGGGGUAAAUAUGAUGCUUUGACUUCUUUAUUUCUAAAUGUACUAAGUUUGAUAAUUUGCAAUAAGAUCACAAAAGAUAGUAUAUUGUGUCAUCAUAUAAGUCUCUUAAUUCGACUAAAGUUCUACUUUGACAUUAUAGGUAACGACAAAGUAUCAUUCUCUCUUUGUUUUGGCAGUACGGAAACAAUUGUCAAAUUAAUCGAAAGUUUUUCAUCAAUUCAUGUCAGAAGACCAUUAAGGAUCGGGUUGCUAAUUAACAUGUAUCUUUGGCCUAAAAUUCGUGAAGUGCAGAUUUUUUAUCCAUCAAAAGCAAUGAAAAGACCUGCGGGGUUCCUGCAUUCUGAGGGCAAUGGAGCUGAGAAGGAAAGAUCUAUUUGGUGAAUCUGAUCCUUACGUUAAAUUUAAGCUCACGGAGUCAAAACUUCCUUUAAAGAAAACCACUGUGAAGCAAAAUUUAAAUCCAGAGUUGGAUGAGGAAUUUAAUAUGGUUGUUAAAGAUCCAGAAUCACAAGUAUUGGAGCUACCUGUUUAUGAAGCACUCCGAAGGAUUUGCUAUUUGCUAUUGACUCGAAUAUAGUUGUUUAUUUUACAUUUUAUUCCACAUUCAGUAGAUCAUGCGUGUUAUACAUUUUGAUAGCUCUGCUUCUGUGGAACCUAUAUCAUACUAUCUUUUAUAUGCUUUUGGAUUCUGUUU